AUGUCGUCCUUCUUCAAGCGUGCAUCGUCAUCCAGCGCCUCCCUGCCCAAGGAGGUCGCCCCUCCCACCAAGGAGCUCAAGACCAUCUGUCCCACCACGCUCAAGCCCAAGCCCAAGGCCGAGAUGACAGAGGAGCAGCUUCAGCUGAUCGAAGAGCUCAAGGAGUACACCGCGACGCUGUUGCUCCCCGAGUCUGACCCCUACCACGUGUGGGAGAAGCGUUUCUUGAACGAUGUCGGCACCCACGCGCGCUUUAUGCGCGCGGCCAAGUGGAAGCUCGAGGACGGCAAGAAGCGCAUCAAGGCGACCAUGGAGUGGCGCCGCGAGUUCCAGCCUGAGAUUAUCGAGCCUGGAGACAUCGCCAUCGAGGCCGAGAAGGGCAAGCUUGUCCUCACGGGCUUUGACCAGGACGCCCGUCCAGUCAUCUACAUGCGUCCCCGUCGCGAGAACACUGAGCCUUCUCCCCGUCAGAUCCGUCACCUCAUCUACCACCUUGAGCGUGCCAUCGACAUGAUGCCCGAGGGCCAGGAGCAGGUCGCGAUCGUCGUCGACUACAAGCAGGCCACUUCCAACGGCACUCCGUCGGUCAGCACCGGCCUCAAGGUCCUCCACAUUCUCCAGAACCACUACGUUGAGCGUCUCGGCCGUGGUAUCGUCAUGAACAUGCCCUGGUGGAUCAACGCCUUCUUCAGCGCCAUCACCCCCUUCAUGGACCCCAUCACUCGUGACAAGAUCCACUUCAACCCCAAGCUUACCACGCUCAUCAACCCGGACCAGCUUGACGUCGAGUACGGAGGCGACUACAACUACGAGUUUGACCGUGAGACCUACUGGAAGACCCUGGUCGAGUUCAGUGCCAUCUCCGAGGACGGCACCCGUGUGGACAAGGACGGCAAGUCGUGGAUCCCCAAGUCGGGCAACGGAAUUGUCUGGGCUCGCGAGCAGUACGCCAAGGAGCAGGCUGCUGGCCUGGCUCCCGUUGAGACGGCUGUUGCCAACGGCAGCGGCGCUGCCACCCCUGUCAGCCCCUCGGACACUGUCGGCUCGUCGACCGACGAGUUUACUACUCCCGACACGGUGGCCGACAAGCUCGCCGACACUGGUCUCGACGAGAAGGUCCCCACCACCGACGCCGUGGAGGCCGACAAGCCUGUUGCCGUCACUGCCUAA